AACCAUCAAACGUCCAUGUAAAGCGUUCGAGUGCGUCAAUUUCUACUAGUUCUAAAUUACCUCCAUGAGAUUCAGCUGAAGGCAAGAUUAAUUCAGUAUGAGAACCAAAAAUACAACAGGCGAGCAACCCAGUGUUUUGAUGAAGUUUGUGAGUGCUGGGCUCGCUGCUUCAAUCGCAGAGGCGGUCACUAUUCCCAUCGACACGGCCAAAGUUCGCCUACAGAUCCAAGGUGAGGGUACAGUCAUGUCCAACAUUGCAUCAGGAAUCAAAACUGAUAACCCAAAUGUGCGAUAUCGUGGAAUGAUUGGUACAAUGGUUACUAUUGCCAAGACAGAGGGAGUUAAAACCAUGUAUAAAGGUUUAAUACCAGGAAUUCAUCGUCAACUAUGCUUUGCUAGUAUUAGGAUUGGAUUAUAUGAUUCAGUUAAGAAGCUUUAUGGCGAUGAAGACGUAAACAACCCUAAAGUCUUUAAGAAAAUUGCAGCAAGCAUUACCACUGGUGUAAUGGCUGUUUCUGUUGCUCAACCAACGGAAGUUGUAAAGAUUAGAUUCCAGGCUGAUGCAGGAAGAUAUAGUACUGGUGCUAUAGCAACAUAUGGUGUUAUAUUCCGCAAGGAAGGUGUGCGUGGUCUGUGGAAAGGUGUAUUCCCUAAUAUGGCAAGAUUAUGCACAGUUAAUGCUUCGGAGUUAGUAGUCUAUGAUUCAAUUAAAGGGCUUUUCUUGCGUCAUAAGUGGCUGGCAGAUGAGUAUCCUUUGCAUUUUGUGUCAGCCUUUGGUGCGGGGUUUGCCACAACUUGUAUUGCAUCACCAGUUGAUGUCGUCAAAACCAGAUACAUGAAUUCCCCUCCAAACACAUAUAAAAGUGGAGUGGAUUGUGCUAUUCAACUGUUGAAGCAUAAUGGAAUUACUGCCUACUACAAAGGAUUUACUCCAAACUUCAUACGUUUAGGUGCCUGGAACAUUGUCAUGUUCAUGUCAUAUGAACAGUUACAGAGGCUUUUCUUCAAAGUAAAAAAGAUAGCCACAGGGCAAACAGAAUAAUAUAAUGCCUUGAAUUUUAUUGAGUUAUUUUAGAAAAUUGACCAAUAUCAUUCACUAUAAAGGUAGAAUUUCCAUUCAAUCAAUUUUGAUGGUUCUGAUUUUUAAUUUAAUUUCUAUGUAAACCAACAAUGUUGGAUAGUCAUUACAUCGUAUUAGUUCGAAUAAUGCAUUGCAAGAGCAUUUUUAUCUAGCUUAUUUAGCUGCACAGAUAUUAUAUAAUUUUCCUUAUCGGUAUUUAAGGUGUAAUAUUUAAACUAGGAAAAGUUCAUUUGAUAUCCAGAUAAUAUUGUUAUUAAGCAAAUUAGCUCAUAGCGUCACAGUGUUAACUCAAGAGCUCGAAAGGAAACAGCAKUAGUCAUGUUAAUACCACAAUCUGCAUUCAAAUGCUACACAUCAGCAGUUCAUUACAUCUAUUCUUCUUUAUUUUACAAGAAAUUGUCAAGUUCAGUACAGUACUCUAUAUCCUGGUAGUAAUGGUAGUAAAAGGAGACGAUGCACACACUAAUAAUUGAUAAUUUUAUAMAUUGAUCAUUAUUUUUGAGGGGGGAAAUGUAAAUAUAUUUGGAAUAAAGGUUGGAUGUUUUAAAAAUACAUGUAUUAAAGAUAAGUCUUCACUUAA